AUGCGGUGCUGCAUUGCUGGGGCGCUGACGACCCUGGUACUCGCUGGACAGGCGAUAGCCGAAUAUCCUGCCUCUUGGGAUGUCAUCUUCACGCCAGCUACACCACCCCCAGUCAAUUACACCUUUGGUCAGCAAACUAAGAUUCUUAAUCAAAAUACAACCUUUCCGCCGGCUGCGUUACCAUUACCAUGUGACAUUGUUUAUGAUCGUGACGCGUCCAUCACUCUGCGCGACCGCACCGUCAUUUACACGGAUGUGUUCCGGCCUGUUUCUGAUGGACAAUAUCCAGCUCUUAUCGCUUUGAGUGCAUAUGGAAAGACGGUGCCAACCCUCCCGCAGGUUGAUGCACCGGCAGACUGGUUUUCGGGCAUUGCAAAGAAUGAAAGCGCCGAUGCUGCUGCCUUUGUCUGCUGUGGCUACGUUGUCGUGAGUCCGGAUAACCGACGGGCUGGUAAAUCUGAGGAAAAUAUCCAUUACUGGGGUAGAGUCGAUGCCGAGGAUGGAUAUGAUAGCAUCGUGGCUCGCUACGUCUCAGUGAUUCGUCGCUGCUCUGCAACCGCCACACCUCAUGGCCGUUGUGCCCUGGAGGACAAGAGCGCCGAGCUCGAAAAGGUCAGAGUUCCAGCGUAUGUAAUCGCUGAUGGAUUAAGCGUCCACCACAGUCUCGGCGCGGUAGAGGGUUUCCGGCGUAUCAAUUCUAAUGAUAAGUGGCUGCGUAUCGACGAUACGCAAGAAUGGUAUGACAUGUAUGCUCCGCCGAAUGAACGCGACGUCCUCCGAUUCCUCGACCACUAUCUAAAGGGUGUCAACAACGGCUGGCAGCAGGCGUCUCGCGUGAGAGCUGCAGUUGUUCCCGGAAAGUUUGUUCAUAAAUAA